AUUACAGGCUCUGGGGGGUGGAGGGAGGCUAUUUUUAGAAGCCAGGGUUCUAAAAAUAGCCCAGAGAUGUUUGGAAUUGCGUCACAAGAGGUAAUUUUAUCCCCUGUUUGGCCUGGAGGGCCCCACUUCUCCCCCCUCCUCCCAUGAAGGGGCCGAAUACAAAAGGAGGGAUGGCUGGAGGAUGCAAAGGCGGCAAUUUCAGACCCAGGCAGAGGAAGCAGAAAGAACCAUGACCAUCCUCUGUGAAAGCUGCAACAAACCCAUCAAGAGGACAGAGAACUGCAUCUUGAGAUGCGCUGCUGCUACUUCUGUCUCCAGAAAAGAGCUCAGGAUCCCAAAGCCCUUCAGGUCAACUAAAGGCGCAUCAAAAGCUCGUCGGGAUCUGAUCAAUGCUGAGUUACAGACCCUGCGCUCCCUUCUGCCCAUCUCAGAGCAAGAGAAAGAGCGGCUCUCCUAUCUUCACACCAUGGCUCUGGUCUGCUUCCACAUACGGGAGACUCAACUUUUUCCUCCAGACUCUUUUAAUACCAUGAGACCAGUCCCUCCUCUUACCUCUGCUGCUGCCCUGAUGCAUCCAGAACUGUUGCUUUCGCUCCCAGGAUUUAUCUUGGCUCUCAAUGGAAAUCACAAACUGGCAUAUGUCUCGGAGAAUGUGUCCCACUUUCUUGGUUUUUCUGUGGUUGAACUUCUAGCUCAAGGAGACUCCAUCUUUGACCUCUUGAGCAGCUCAGCAAGCAAAGUCAUGCAAGAGAAACUCUGCUUUGCCCAGCAGCAUCCAGGCACCGAAAUUGAGUUCAUUACUGAAAUGUGCACCUCAAGAGCUUUCCGGAUGAAGUAUAAAAAGAGCCGCUCUAUGCUCAUGCGAGGCAGAUUCAUCAUGUCUGAAACACAGUUGACCCUGUCCUCUCCCGCUUUGACUUUUGUUGCCUUCUGCACUCCGGUUGCACAUGCGUUUGAUGACGAGGACAGUCCGUCCCAGAACUUCGCAUUCCAGAGCAAAUACACACUGGAUAUGAAGACUGCAGAGAUAACUAAGAAUGUUGUCUAUCAUCUCGGUUACCAGAAGGAAGAAUUGAUUGGCCAGUCAUGGUACAAUCUCCUACAUCCUGAAGAUGCUGGAAGAGCUGCAGAGAUGCACAGGGCCCUGAUGCAUGGUGCUGGGAAAGGCACUCAGUCGGUGGUAGUACGCCUUCUCUGCAAAGACCUAAACUGGGCCUGGGCGCAAGUGGUUGCAUCAAAAGAGAAUGGACAAGCUGGAGAACUGAUUACUUGUACCAGCUGGAUCCUCAGAGAAGAAGAAGCCAUCCAUAUCAAAAGCCAAGAUCUUCAGUAUGGAAUAGUUUCUCAACCUUCUUCAAAUCAAAUAUAUUAUUAUGGAGAAGUACAGAACCAGACACAAGGAAAUGAAGGCAACCUCUACCCCCAGGAAACAGCAAAAACGAGGGCUGGGGUCCUCAGGUUUGAUCCCUCGCAAUUUCCUGAAGUCUCUGCAGAAAAGAUGGCCACCGCUUCUUUUGAGCCUUUGUUUCCAACCAACUUGCCUAGCAUGGUUGAUGCAGGCAGCCUACAUUCCUCUCAUGAAACUGGAUGUCCCUUCUUUCCUGAUGGUCUCUCCUGUACAGACCAAAAAGACAGACAGAAGUCUUUGAGCCCUUCUGCUUUAUAUUCUCCAGAAAGUUCAUUUUCUCCCGACAGCAGUUCUUCAAUAGAUUUUUCUCCACUACUUGAAAGAGGACCGUCUUCAGGAACAUUCUCGGAAAUGGAUACAAGCCCUGACCAAGACAAAUGGGCCAUCAGUGUUUUGGCUAAACAAAUACAUUCUCUGGCUGAAAUCUUCUCUCAGUAUACAAAGGAAAGACCUCAGCAACCACUUGACAUUGCUCUGUGGCCUGGGCUGCCAGUUGACCAUACUCACAUGGCACCUAGACAGAGCUGGGGAACGGAUGGCGCUCUAGAUUUCCUUGAUGAAUUCUCUAUGGAUGAAGAAGUCAUUACCAGUAUCUUAAGCAACCUCCUACAUCAUGACGGCUUGAACCAAUCAACUUCUGUGUCAGGCCCAGAAGGCAAUUUUCACGUCUCAAACCCUGAAUCAGAACUUCCUCUACUUCAAGCACCUCAAACAGAAGCAACCCUUUGCUUUGACCAGUGUUCCUUCAUGCCACCUUUUGCUUCCUCUGCAUCAGCUGUUUCACAUGUACCUGAUUCUCAGUGGGAUGGAACGAUUCAUGCCGAACUUGAGCAAGGUAUCUUUCAUGAGGAGGCCAUGUUCUGUUGAUUCUUCAUCUCUCAGUUUGAGAGAGACUCAAUUGACAAUUGUGUGCACAUUUCAAUGACAAGAUCAGAAAGAAUAUGUUGAUCAAUGAAAAGGAAAGAAGGAAGUCUUCAGUUGUGAUAACGGGGAAUGUGAGAAAGAAGUGAUAUACUCAAGCGCCAGUACAAGAUACUUUGCUGUCUGGGGACAAAGACAAGGUGGCAGCUCUUUCCCAUUCCAUAUGGCAGAGAUAACAGACUGCUGAUUGAAUCAAAGAUGACUUCUUACUUCAACAUUAUUCAGAGUAUUUUCUGCAUAGUUUGAAUAACUUACUUUUUUUUGGAUUACAACUCCCACUCUCCUAGCCAUAUUCUGUACUGCCUCUGCUAGCAAAGAGUGGAAUCAUUUAGGGGCAAAGGGCAGGCCCCUUUACACACAGAUCGGCCCCACAAAAUAUCACUGUUGCAGAUAGCUCCAAUGUUUGUCACCCAUUUCCUUGUCUAAUCCCAAAAAAGUAAUCAGGUUGCUGCUGCUAAGGGAGUUAUUCUUGAAGUCAGUGUGGUGGCAAAGCUACAAUAUGUGAACCAUUGUAGGGGGAGCAGGCUCCCUGUGGAAUUUGUAAAUAAAACAAUUUUUAAUUUUAAA